CGAGUGUAAACAGCAACAGCGCAGCACUGGUCAACGGUGGAGGAGGCGACAGCGUAACAACACCGAAAACUGCAGGUACCAGUGGGAAGUCGAGCAACAAAAACGUAGAGAAUGCACAACAACAUCCGCAUAAUCACCAACAACAACAACAGCACAACCAUCACCCCCACCACCACCAUCGUGUUGGCCAUCACUCGCAUUCGCAUGCUCAUCAUCGACAACACGCCAUCCCGCUGACUGUUGAGCCAGCCGCACCUUUGGAGCAGACAGAGAAACUCGAAAUCAAAUUAGAGGAAUCGCCACAGCAUCGGGAACUGCAAUUAAGCCUGUUGCGCGCUGCCAGCAAUCAUAGUCCACUGCACUUUAGCGACAUGGAUUUCGAAAGCAAAUUGGCCGCCUCGAAAAUAUCGAAUGCGCUACUCAGUGCCAAAUUGAAUGUGGAUAGAACGGAUGCAGCUGGAAGACGAAAUGGUAGUAGCCUCGAGAAAGAGUUGCAAAAAGCAACGAGUACAGCAGCAAAGACAAGCGAAGAAAACCAGCUAAAGGUGGAGAAAGAAAGUGGGGCAGAUAUGGCAAAAGAAGAGAUGGUGAUGGAACAGGAAACAGAUGUAAAGUCGCCAAUUAUCGAUGAACAUGAUUACGAAGAGCAUGAGGAGGACAAGGAUGCAGAGAUGCGCGAUGUUGAAAAUUAA